UCGUCGGGGGCGAACGUGAUCGCCAUCUGGUUCCCUCGUUAGUGACAUCGACGGUCAGGAGAGCUUGUGCGAGCCCGUCUCCCGGAUUGGGACAUAAAUUCGCACUUCUGCAGGGAACUUUCGGCAAUCUUGCCGGUCGCCGUCCAGCCCGUCUCAACUCAUCAUCGUGCUCUACCCACCGACGGGCGCCGCGGCCACAGAGCGCACCCGGCGUUACGACGAUCUCCGAAUUCCUCUUCGCCACCGCCACCGCCACCGACCGGCCAUGUGCAUCGCGGCUUGGGCGUGGCAGUCUCACCCGGCGUACGGCCUGCUCCUCCUCUUCAACCGCGACGAGUACCACUCCAGGCCGACGCGGCCGGCGGAGUGGUGGCCCGCCGCGGGGGAGGAGGGCGAGCAAAUCCUCGGGGGCAAGGACGAGGUAGGCGGGGGCACGUGGCUGGGGUGCACCAAGGCCGGGAAGCUGGCCUUCUUGACCAACGUCCGGGAGCCUAGCCCCCGGGCCGAUGCGAGGUCCAGAGGGGAGCUUCCCGUCAGGUUUCUCCAGGGCAGGCAGGAUCCAUUGGAGUAUGCGACAGAAAUUGCAAAGGAAGCAGAUCAGUACAAUGGCUUUAAUCUUAUAUUGGCCGAUGUGCAUUUAGGAACCAUGGUUUACAUUUCUAAUAAACCCAAUGGCGCUUCUGUGGUUCAAACAGUUUCCCCUGGGUGUCAUGUGCUUUCUAAUGCUGCUAUUGACUCCCCUUGGCCAAAGGCGCUGCACUUAGGACAGAGUUUCAACAGAUUUCUUGCAGUUCAUGAUGAUGCAGAAGUCUCUUUGAAGCAGAUGGUUGAAGAGCUAAUGACAGACACCGCCAAGGCCGACAGAUCAGCGGUGCCUGACACUGGCGUCGAUUCCGACUGGGAAUACCAGCUAAGCUCUAUAUUCAUCGACACGGAGAAGGGACAGGCACGAUAUGGGACACGAAGCAUGGCUGCCAUAGCAGUGAAAUUGGACGGCGAGGUAGCUUUCUAUGAGAGGUGCCUGGAUAACAACUCGUGGAAGGAAAAUCUCAUGCGAUUUCAGAUGGAGGUGGCAAAAUAACCAGAGUGGAGAGUAAAAAAAAGAGACCAGCCAGGUCUUGCCCCGGCUGGCGUUGCUUUAUAGAAGAAAGCUCCGCGAGCACCUGUCAAUCUGGAGAUUCGAGCCAGGGUGGGCAGCAUGCGCUCUAGCUGUGCUAACAAACAUUAAGAUACUGACAGAGUUCGGAGUGACCAUUCAGUUUCUUUGCACAGUCAAGCUGAUGGUGGCAAGUAGCCAGCAUUACCCUUUGUGCAUAGUCAAUGCGGAUACGAACGCACGGUCGAUUGAUUUAUAGCAUAUAUAUAUAUGGUUC